GGAAGCACUGGGCUGCUUGGAAACAUCCUGAGCCUACUACAGCAACACCUGCAGACUCAGCACCAUGAGCCAAAGGGCCAUUCUUACCUUCUGCCUUAUCUUACUGGCUGUGAGCUGGACAAAUGGAAUGCCUCUCUCUAGAACUGUGCGCUGUACCUGCAUCAAGAUUCAUAAUAAAUCAGUUAAUCCAAGACUUUUGGAAAAACUUGAAAUCAUUCCUGCAAAUCAAUUCUGUCCACUUGAGAUCAUUGCCACAAUGAAAAAGAGUGGGGAGAGGAGAUGUCUGAAUCCAGAAUUAAAGGCCAUCAAGAAUUUACUGAAAACAGUUAGAAAGGAAAGGUCUAAAAGAUCUCAAACCCCGAGAGAAGCACAGUCCCCACAGUGAUGCCAAGAAGGGACCCCCUGAAAGGCUGCUCUGCCGCACUUCCUCACACAGACUGCAUGUCAACCCCUCAUUCAGGCCCCCUCUGCCACACUUCCUCGUACAGAACUUAUGCCAAUCCCUCACUGCCCUCAGCUUACAAUUCUCCUAAAAGGUGAUCAGCCAGUUGCCAUACCAGCUGCUUCUGCUCCUGCAUGGUCAAGGGCUUACCAUCCUGAACUCCUCACAGUAACUCUAUCUUGGCACCAUCCCAUAAGCUAUUCUGAGUCAACGUGCCAAGUUCCAGCCUGCUAGUACGCCUUCCUCAUCUCUCCUAUUUUUGUUGUUGUUACUGUGGGAUCAUUCUUAAAAUCUCAAACAGCUAAAAGGCAUACAAACCAAGAUGAUACCAAAAUCGACUUUUUGAAAGUUAUGUUUACAUUAGUCUCCUAAGGGACCCAUAUUCUUUUGGUGUCUGUAGAUCAAGCUAAGAAUGCCUGAACUGUGUAAAUAUUAUUUAAUGAAAUAGUGUGUAAAGUAUUGUUGGAUGUAUAUGUUUCUACUGUUUUCAGUGUAUAUGGAACAAUGUGUACUAAUACUAUAUAUCCACAAGAAAUGGAAGAAAUUGGAAACUGUAGAUAGAUGUUCUGUAUGUUUUAAGACAAGUUUGUUUUUCAAAAUUAAAACAAUGUGUUUUCUGGGAAACACUAACAGAGACUGCUGGUACUGAAAAAAGAAUAAAGUAAUUAUAA